GCUCAGCGUGAGUCUAUUUCUCUGCUUUUAUCUGACUAAAACCCUCAACAAGGACCCACAAGGGUCCAUAGUUAGCCUGUCAGUUAGCAUGCUGCUAACCACCGACAGUACUCUCGGUAGCAGUGAUCUUUGAUUCCCGGUCCGGCGGAGCGCAGGCUAAACACGGCUACGGGAAAAGGCAAGCUGUCGACACUUUCCAGACAACAGAGCAACAAGGACUAAGCUGAAACUCUCCCGUUUGUUUACAAGAACAAGUGCCAACACCUGACUCGUUUUCCACCGAGCUAUCGAUUUACGGAAGAGUCAUCUGGUUUCACUGCUGUGGUCAGUGCAGUAGGUCUUCCAAAGCAAACGGUGACACUGUAACUGUUGAUGUAAAGCCUACGGAGCAGACCUCCUAUGUUUGAGUUCAUUCUGUCACGCUGUGUUUCCUGCCAACUGUUUCACCUAUGCCUCGAUGGAAAGCAUUCUUCAGUCAGUACCUGCGAUGGUCCAGCACUGUCACUCAAGCCCUCGCCUUGUCCAUCAUCACAUUUUGCGUUGUUCUUCCUCUGUGCUGCCAUCGACUUCUGUACUCUUACUUCUUCAUCAGGUCCAUGUAUCUGGACUCAAUGAGCGAGGAUGUUCUACAGGAAAGCCUUAAGCAGGGCCAGGACGCUCUGCACUUCUGGCAGAGCGCUUCCACUGGGGCGUCGCUUAGAUUCAUUGAUAUGGCUCAGCAUCCUGAGCUGCUGGUCACCGUGGUAACAGCCAGGCGUAACGAGGGGCGGGAUUUCCACUACCUGCUCCAGGUGAUGCAGCAGCUGAGUGUCAUGGUGGGAGGCUGUGGGGAACGGCGGUGUGCAGAGGUGCUGGUUUGUGAUGUGGAAAGUGGCCUCCAAGAAAACCAGGAUGCCAAACUGCUGGAGUCCCACUUCAGGGUGAUCCGGCGUUUGCCUGAGGAGCAGCAGAACCGGGAACGAGUCAACAUCUUUGAAAGAGAGAAGAGGGAUUAUGUCUUUUGUAUCCGCAAGGGAUGGGAGCUGGUGAAGCCCAAAAACAUGGUUAUCCUGGAAGAUGAUGCUUUGCCAAGACAGGACUUCUUCACAGUUAUAAAGGACCUCCUGUCCCGUCGAUUCGCCCUCCACACUCUUUACAUCAAGCUAUAUCACCCUGAAAGGCUGCAACGCUACUGGAACCCUGAGCCAUACCGCAUCCUGGAGUGGGUGGGGCUUGGGCUGGUCGGAGCGACGGCCCUUCUCCUCACUUUGCCUUACUGGAACCCUUGCUCUUUCUCCUUCACAUUGUCGGCCAACCACCUCCUCUUCUUCACCCUCUACUUUAUGGCUGUUGCAGAGCUGCUGGGGCGGCACUACCUCCUGGAGGCCCGGAGAUUUGCCCCACAGCUCUAUGCUGUCUCGCCGGCCACCGAGUGCUGUACCCCAGCCAUGCUCUUCCCUGGCAAUGCUUCUCUUAGGGUGGCCGAGUAUCUGGAUGGGUCGUUCUGCAUCAAAGGGAACGCCAAAGACAUAGUUUUGUAUCAGAUUGCCAGGACAGUACCCGGGGAAAGUUCUCACAGUGUGGAGCCCAACCUCAUCACCCACAUCGGUGCCUAUUCGUCAGUGCGGCCCAACCCAUCCAGGCCCAAGCUCCUCUGACAGAACCAGGAGGAGGUGGAGGACUCAGUCUAACCCAGUGCAAUGAAGUUAGACUUAAUCAGGUUCCUCCCCAGCUGAUUCUGCUUUUUUUCUGCCAUGUGACCUUCUGGACUCUAGAGGUUUAAACACAUAGCUCAGUGAGUGAUGGUUUGGUGAUUUGUAGGUGAAAAGUAUCAAGACAUCUAAGUUGAGAAUUUAAUUUUAGAUGUGUAGGUUCCAGCUUGCAGCUUGUCCACAUAGGGGGUGUUUCAGUCGAGGUUUUCAGUCUUUUGUCUCACAUGUGCAUCUGACGGCUAACAAACACUUUUAUUUAAUAGUGAUAAGGGCCUGAUUAGAGUCUUUACUGCUUUGACAGAUGUCCAACCACACUGGAAAGCGAUUGUGUUAAUGCAUGAAGAUGGAAAGAACAGCCAGCCAUCAUAGACAGGACGGGAUGCAGUAUUGUUGAAAAACAUGGCCAGUGGUGCACAUUUUCAGCCAGAGUCUUCAGAAAGCAGUGUAUUCAGGUGUACACAUGAAAAGUGUCAUAUGUAGUUGAGUAACAAAUGAAAAAAGAGACCUAGAAAGAGGAGUAUGCAAGUCAUCACAGCUGGCCUGCAGUGACCAUGUACCCUCAGUAAUGUAACUGAACGCAUCAUGUGUAGACACAGCCAGAGGACUCAAGUUCUUAAUGCAUUGCAGACAUACGGUUCACACUGUAUAGGCUGUGUGGACUGAGAAUCAAAAUUGUUUUGAGGUUGUCUUCAGUAAGCUUGAAUGGCAGAAAGUGCCACCCAGUUGUGGUUUGGCACUAGGCACAGCUUAAACACUCAUGCAUCUCUUCACCAUCAAAUCACAAAAUACUGCUCUCACUGAGUUGCCUUUUCAGUGUGGGACCAGACCAAACGUAUAUCUUCAUGCUGGAAAUCUUCCUUCAUCAGUUUUGGUGACUAUUCAGGUGGGAGUUUACUCUGCUGUCAGGAUUGGUUUACUCCUUUGUUCAUAAAACUAUUUACCAAGCUAUCAGAUACUGUCAGAAUUCCUCCUUCUCUGCUUUUCAAAGAUACAGAUUCUUCAUUAAACAACCAGUUUGUGGAUGCGAUUUUAAAAAAAGGUUCAAUUAUGAGAUUUUGUGAUAAUUUAAAUUCAUCACUUCACAUUUCACAGACAAAAUGAAUAAUAGAAUUUGCAGAAGAGUGCAAUAGUGAUCACUUAAUUUGGUUGUGUCUGUCUUGAAAACAGGAAGCUGUGGGAAGAUUGUGGUUGAAAAAUUGUGAGCAAAUCCUUUAGAGAACUAAGCUGAAGAGGGUGAUGUCAAAAUGUUUAUCGCCCUGAAGUUUGUUUAUGUCAUUGUGUUAGGUCCACAUUAAUCCAGCCGAGGAUCCACUGAGAAAUUCAUGCUUUAGGACAAGAUGUUUGAUUCUGGCCUUUUUAGUCUUUAACAGUCAUGUUUAUGUGACAAAACCUGCUCCUGAACUCACAUCUGGACACAACGUGUUACCCCACAAUACAGUAGAAUAGAGCACUGUAACACUGUCAUUGGACGGCUGUUGGAGGUGAGACUACCACACCAGGGUAAGACUGACAGCACAAAGCUCAACGUUUGUGAGAUGUACAGAGCAGUAACGCAACCAAACCUUCAUUCUGAUAUGCUGAAAGUUUCCUGUUGACCUCUAUACUAACACUCUGGCAUUUUAGAUUAAUCGCAAAGCUCCACAGAAAGUGGCAGACUUAUUAUUAAAAGUGAUAGUACUUUUUCACGAAAUGGUUUUGCACAGUAGACAAAAGUAGCUUCUCUUUUCCGGCUGAUGAUUGUGUUCAGUUGACAACAUUCUCUGUCAGAGCGAGGUGGCUGCAUCAGUCGGCCAGGCUGAUAAUCGGUCGACUGUUAUUAGCUUCUAUGACCCAAUAGUCUGGUAGUUACCAUAUAUGUUAUUGGUUUUGUUGUUGGUUUUUUGUGUUGCUGGAGUUUACUUUCCAUAUUUGAACACAAAUUAGCUUCACUGCAGGAGUUGCUUUAAGAAACCGAGGCCUGUUUAUGAGACAUAAACCGAGCAUUUCACUGACCACUCUGUAUGAUUGAAUGUGCCUUUAUUGUUUUUGACUUUGAAUAUUAUUAUAUGUUUCCCUUCCUAGUGCAUUUAAUUUCUACAUAUGUGUAUAAAAUAAUUAUGAUCAAUUUAAACUUGAUGAUGUUCAUGGAUAGCUGCCAAAGUAAAACCAUCAGGCCUAUAAGGGUUCCCCAGUCUGCCGCCAGUGACUCAAAGUGGUUCCUGUUGGCAACCGUAAACCGCCAAAUGAAAACAGAAUUGGAUGUAAAGAUUUACAAAUAAAUAAAUAAAAAGAUUUUAAUACUGACAGAUGAAAAAGAUUAUAGUGUUAAGAUGAUGUUUCUGAGGAAUAUUGUGUUCACACUAAAAUGACAAAACACACAAGUUGUUUUAAACUGUAUAUUUUAAAGGACUUGUUCCACAUUUAAGGAAAAGAAAUCAUUUGCUUGGUUUGGAGUCCUAUGUUCAGAUACCAAUGUUUGUAUGAUGAAUACGAAGCUCUGCCUGCAGCUGGUUAGCGUAGCUUAGCAUAAAGACUAGAAAGGAGAAAACAAAUGUUCACAAGUAACAAAGUCCAUCUGUCAACAGCUUUGAGGCUCAGUAUAUCUUGUAUUGCAGCAAAACCCUUAAAUAGGUGUACAAAUGAAAAAGCGGGUUACAGGUAAACAACAGAACUGAGUCUAUAUGUGUGCAAUAUCACUUUCAUGUCAACAGAUUUAAAAAAUGUAUCACCUUACAGUAAUUGCAGUGUUUCUCAUUUGAAACUACAAACAGUUUAAGUUUACUAUGUUAAAAUACAGGCCCCACAGCAGGAACUCAUUGUAACAAACAUCUAUACACCUUACAUUUCUGAGAUUAUGAUUUUUUUCCCAGUACUUUGUAUGUUUACCUUUAUUUCUGAUGACAGAAUCAGUUCUUCUCAUCAUGCAGGAUAUCAAAUUUCUUGAGAGAUGUCAUAGUUUCCACUUUAUUUUUUAGUAACUCUUGUGUGAUUUUGGCAGUGUGUGCUGGAUGAUUAUCAUGCUGGAAUAUUCCUCUUCUGCCAACCAUCAACAGAUUGGGGGGUCAUCUUGUCAGCCAUUAUUUAUAUUUACAGAUACUCAUGGUGCAUCUAUACAUGUCAUGCCCCUAAUGCACUCACGCACCUUCAUAUCAUCACACUACUACCUCUGUGCUUCACUGUAGAGACUAUGCAUUCACUGUGGUAGUCCUGGCCAGUUUCAUGUCAAACAUGCUGGACAUCAUAUGAGCAAAACAGAUGUUAUUUAUAUUUAUCUUGAUCUUAUUUGAUCAAUGACGUGCUCCUCGUAUUCAUCAGACUUCUUUCUGUGCUCUUUAGCAAAGUUUUAUCCUGCUGCAAGAGUUGUUUUUUUUCUUGAUGUUGUGAACUCUGAUUCCUGAAAGCAGAACUGAUUUUCAGUACAAACUUGUACAAGUUGGCACUGUAUGUUGUGUCCUUUUAAGAGGACGACCACUUUUCCACUCGUCUGAAAAACACCUGACCAGCUAGGAUGCAGACAGAGACAGCCAUAGGUCCAGAACUAAAAAAAUAACUGGUGUUCCCAACUAAUUUUCUAACAAUGUUUAUGCAAUUAGGCUGAUUUUACAUCACAGGUGUCCUCAAUUUUGCUUCAGUGAUUAAAGGUUUUGUCACUUGUCUGUCUGUAAUUUCAGGUGUAUUCACUUUUGUUGCUUUGAGUGUCUACUUUGGGCCCUGUAUUUUUAGUAGUCCUUCUAAAGAAUGAGUUUUUCAUUUCAGGACAUACUCUACAGUUCAACUUUGAGAACUACAUUUAUUGAAUGGUGAUAAAAUUCUGAGUCAUUUGUCAUAGAAGUGAUAUUUCACAAGGGUGUAUUUUGCUUCUGGCAUGUGCUACUUGAGAGGUUUAUAAAGGUGGACUUUGUUACCUCU